AAUUGUCUCAAUUGUCGGCAUGGGUGGCAUCGGUAAGACUUCACUUGCUCACAAAAUUUACAUUGAUAAAUAUAUUGUGCAUCAUUUUCACAUUCGUGCUUGGCUCACUGUGUCUCAAGAUUAUAGUGUGCGAGAAAUCCUACUAGGCCUCUUAGAUUCCAUGAAAAUACAAACUGAUGGGAGGAGUGAAAAAAGAAUUGAUCAAUUAGGAGAACUUCUGUACAAGAAGCUAAAGGGUAGGCGGUAUCUUUUUGUAAUCGAUGAUGUGUGGGAUAUCGAGGCCUGGGAUAGUGUGAAAAGGUACUUUCCAGAAGACAAAACUGGAAGUCGAAUCCUUUUAACUACUAGGCUUGAGAAUGUGGCUAAUUAUAUUAACUCUGGUUCUCCUCUUCAUCAUGUGCGCUUUCUUAACGACGAAGAAAGUUGGAAGUUAUUUUGUCAGAAGGUGUUUGGAGAGGGUUUUUGCCCUCUUGAAUUGGAAGAAAUUGGCAAGAAUAUUGCCCAAAAUUGUCGAGGACUUCCACUUGCAGUUGUUGUGAUUGGGGGCCUCCUAUCAAAGGCCACUAAAACACCACACUACUGGAGAAAUAUUGCAAAAAAUUUAAGCUCAGAAAUAAAUUCAAAUGAUGAGCAAUGCUCUAAAAUACUUUCUUUAAGUUAUAAACAUUUGCCUCAUCAUUUGAAAGGGUGUUUCCUAUAUAUGGGAAUUUUUCCAGAAGAUUUUGAAAUCAAAGUCAGGGAGCUUACCAAGUUGUGGGUUGCAGAGGGAAUCCUCAAAUCAGCAUGCUCUAAAACGCUAGAAGAUGUAGGAGAGGAGUACUUUUUGGAUCUUGUUCAAAGAAGUCUUAUUUUGGCUCAAAAGAAGGGGUCCAAUGGAAAAAUUAAAACAUGUAGAAUUCAUGACCUGUUACGGGACAUUUGUGUCAGAGAAGCUCAAAAGGAGAAGUUUUUCCAUGUCAUGGAAGGGAGUCCUUGUGGUAUUCAAGUAGGCACUAGUAUGCGCCGUGUAAGUAUUCAUGAUAAGAAGAAUUUUGUAGCUUUUCAAUUUUACUAUGCGGCUAAAGGGACUCUCCAUCGUGAUGACAAAACACUAUCUUCUUUCCCUGUAAAAAUUCCUUUCCAUUCCAGGCCACUUAAAGUACUGCAGAUGAAGGGGACUCAUAUUUUUCCAGAUGAAAUGGUAGAGUUGGUUAACAUGCGGUACCUAUAUUGCUACAAUAUACACCCACAACUGUACAUUGCAUCAAUAUAUAAACUUCGGAAUCUACAAACAAUAGUUUGUCGAUGGUAUUGUGGGAAGGAUAUGGAACUACCACCAGAAAUAUGGAAGAUGACACAAUUAAGACAUGUGAAGUUGAAUGGCUUUGUACAUCUUCCCGAUCCUCCUAUUUCAGAAAUUAAGGAGGGGGGAAAUUCUAUUGUUGUUCUAGAAAAUCUACAAACCCUCUGGACGAUAUAUAAUUUUAUAUGGACGGUGGAGGUCCUCGAAAGAAUUCCAAAUCUACAGAAAUUGGCCAUUCGAUACGGUGGUAUGGUGGCCGGUUGGGAAGAAUAUUGUAUGAAUAAUCUUGUCUGUCUAACUAAACUUGAAUCAUUAAAAUGUAGGCUUGCAGAUACGUUCCCCCAUUUCCUAGCGAGUAUCACUUUUCCGACAUCACUCAAAAAGUUGACGUUAGACGGCAUGGGAUUUCAUUUCAAAGAUUAUCUCAAGCUUCAUCCCGAAGAAUUGACGAUUCUUGGUAAGUUGCCCAAUCUGGAAGUGCUGAAAUUGAAACACUGUGACUUCAAUGAACUAGAGUGGAAACCAAAUGAAGGAGAAUUUCCCGAAUUGAAAUUUCUACUGUUACACGACGUUAAUCUGAAGCACUGGAGAGCUGACCGUAUACACUACCCGGGACUCGAGCGCCUAGUCAUUUCGAUUACGGCUUGCAGAGAGCUGAAUGAGAUCCCUAGUGGUUUUGGGGAAAUUUCAACUCUUCAAUCCAUCGAGUUGAUUCAACUUGAGGAUUUUGAGGAAAUUUCAACCGUUUGUGAUUCAAUUGUUGAAUCAGCGAAGAAAAUAGAAGAGGAACAAUUGAGCUGGGGAAACGAUGCCUUCAAGUUAUAUAUUACAGGAUGGUAAAUGUGCAGAGUUUCAAAAUUGUCCAUUCCAAUUAUUUUCAGUCUCCGGUUCGAGAUAUGAGAGCUCCUUUUAAACCAACUUCAAUGCAGGUCCUGCAUUAAGAGUGCAAGCAAUUAAGUUUCUCUAAAGUUUCCUGUAAUGUCCCCUGAAGGAGGUUUUGCCUGUUUUCUCUGUAGGAUCCAACACAGCCUUGUUAAUUCAUGUGGAAAGUAGUACGCAGAAAAAUUAUGUUUGGAUGUGAAUAUAAUUUUUAAAGAAUUUUAAUGUAAUUAAUGGAGACGGUUAGAUUUUUACAUAUUUAAGGGUUUAGAUUAUUUGUCUAAAAUGUUUGUCAAAUGUAUUUAUAGGUGUUAAAUAGCAUUUCUUUACUCU